AUGCCGUCGCCGUCUGGCUCAGAGAAGCGGCCUUCGUCCAUCCACGCUGACAUGCAUGGCUUCCUCAACCGACGCAGUCCCUACACCAUCCUACCUACUCCCACUCCGGAGGACGUCAUCUCUCAACCCGGCGACAUAUUCUUCACCGACUCGCCGACCCAGGACCAGGUCUCCGUCAUAGAAGCGUGUCUUCGCGGCCUUCAUGACGUCCCGCGCGCGAAGGGUAUCUUUGAGCGUUUGCGUUCGACACGGCAAGGUGACCCUAUCCUCGAGGCCCGCAUGUACAAUUCCUUCAUCGAGGCGUACCUGGAGAUGGCCCAUCGCGAAGAGCUCAACCGCCCGAACUGGCUCGAGGAUGCUUGGGCACUGUACAACGACAUGGAGCGUGGGCACGAGAAGGUCGAUCCGACGCCGAAUACAUACGCGCUCAUGCUCCAGGCCUGGCUGAGGUACAACCCGGAUUCCUCGAGACAGCCUGUCUAUAUCAGUGGAGCAGAGGUGCACGACCCUGUGUCGCUGUUGCGCAACAUCAUCGGCCGGCAGAUAUCCCCCGCGUUGGUCGUGUCUGAUAGGGCGUUCACGUCGAACGAAGAGGCGACGGAGGCAAUCAAGGCUUUGUCGAAAGCUGCGGCGGAGAUGGGGCUGGCGAGCGUGGUGAAUGAGCUUGGUCUUACGGAGUUCCUGGGCAAGCAGAUCGAGGACCCGUUGGAGGACGUCCCGGAGGUUGUUCCCGUGAUGCGGCCGAAGAAAAUCGAGGUUGUCCAGCAUGACGACGGGAGGGUCACGCAGCUUGCGACUGACGAACCGCUGCCAGAGCGCGCUCAGGGCGAAGUUCCGUUCAAUCUCGAGACUCUUCGACGACACUUGUCGCAGGUUGUGCUCGCGCGACGAGUGCUGUCGGAAGACGUCGCAGCUCGUCAGCGACUACUGGAGCAGUCAGUCUACAACGUAGCUGUCGAGCGGAUGAAACAUCAGGCGGAGAUGAUGGACCAGCUCGGGCUGCCGAGCAAGGGCCUCCAGUCGAACGACCUGAAGUCAUGGAUGUGGGAGUGGCAUCAAAAGCUACAGCAGCGGAUCAAGGCCGAGGUAGAGAACCUGAUCGUCGAGGAGCGCAUCCUGGCUCGUAUGAAAAGGCGUUCGACCAAGUCCGAAGAGAUCCUAUUGAGCCCCUUUCUCCGCAUGCUCUCCCCCGAGAAGCUGUCGCUGAUCACGAUCAUGGAAAUGAUGAAUCUGCAUGGCUCGGGGGGCGUCCAGGACGGGAUGAAGACCGCGCGGGCGCUGCUGUCGGUCGGCCGGGCGGUCGAGGCGGAGCACAAGGCGGAGAUUUGCAAGAAGAACAACAUCUCGAUCCCCGUGCCUGCAGUGAACGCACCGCGGGCGGGCGUCCAGAACAUCUUUACGGGCGAUGGGUACAAGGAUCUGUACGCGAGGAGGGUGACGGCGGCGAAGUACAUGGAGGAUGCGGAGGAGUGGACGUCGGAUUGGUCGCAGCUGAUUCGUGUGAAGGUGGGGAGCUUCUUGCUCGAUUGCAUCAUGGACGUCGCAACCGUCAGCCGAACCAUACAGGACCCUCGGACGGGCGAAAAGUUCACCGAGGAGCAGCCCGCGUUUUCGCACUCGUACGAGUACCAGCGCGGCCGCAAGCUUGGGGUGAUCAAGUUCAACCCCGCGGUCGCGGAUCGGAUGUCGAAGGAUCCGAUUGCGGACACCCUGCACCCGCGGCACCUGCCGAUGCUCGUCAAGCCGAAGCCGUGGUUGAGCUACAACAACGGCGGCUAUCUGUACAGCCGGUCGUGGGCGAUGCGCUUCAAGGAUUCGCGCGAGCAGGAAAUCUAUCUCCGGCACGCAUCUGAAGCGGGCCGGCUCGAGCUUGUCUUCGCUGGCCUUGAUGUGCUCGGCAGCACGCCGUGGCAGAUUAACCGCCGAGUGUUCGACGUCGUGCUCCAGGUGUGGAAUUCGGGCGAGCGGUUCGCCAAGAUUCCCCCGGCGAUCCCGGACGAGCCCGAGCCAGUCCGUCCAGAAAAUAUGGACACAGACAACAAGGCCAAGGUGGUAUACCUAGAGCGGCAGAGGCAGUGGAUGCAGAACAAGGCCGCGAACCACUCGGACCGGUGCAGCGUGAACUACAAGGUCGAGAUUGCGCGUGCAUUCCUCGGGGACACGAUUUACCUGCCGCACAAUGUCGACUUCCGCGGGCGUGCGUACCCGAUCCCCCCGCAUUUGUCGCACAUCGGCGACGAUCUGAGCCGCGGGUUGCUCAUCUUUGAAGAGAAGAAGCCGCUCGGGACCCGGGGUCUCCGGUGGCUCAAGAUUCAUCUAGCAAACCUGUAUGGGUACGACAAGGCGAGCUUCGACGAGCGCGUCGAGUACGUCCAUAAGCACCUCGAGGACAUCUUCGACAGUGCGGACAAACCGCUCGAGGGCCGAAGGUGGUGGACGAAGGCGGACGACCCCUGGCAGUGCCUCGCAACGUGCAUGGAGCUCACAUCUGCGCUGCGCUCCCCAGACCCGGAGGCUUAUGAGUGCGGACUGCCCGUCCACCAGGACGGGACGUGCAACGGACUGCAGCACUAUGCUGCGCUGGGCGGAGACGCACAGGGUGCAGCGCAGGUUAACUUGGCGGCAGCGGAUCGGCCGUCAGACGUGUACACGUAUGUCGCCAACAUGGUCGAGAAGCAAAUUGAGGAAGACAUCAAGAAGGACGACCCCAUAGCAAAGCUUCUCGAGGGCAAGGUGUCUCGUAAGGUUGUCAAGCAGACGGUCAUGACCACCGUCUACGGCGUCACCUACGUUGGUGCGCGCGACCAGAUCGAGCGUCAGCUCAAAGACCGCGGCGACAUUCCUGCAGAGAUGUGCUGGAGCGCGUCUGCCUAUCUCGCCAAGAACGUUCUGGCGUCCAUCGGCGAUCUCUUCAAGGGCGCGAAGGACAUUCAGAACUGGUUGAACCUGUGCGCACGCCUGAUUGCGAAGGCGAUCCCGCAGGACCGCCUCGUCCAGUCGUUCACCGAGCCUGAGAAGCCGAACGCGCGGUCGCGCAAGAAGGAGCCGCGGUGGAAGAAGGAGCAGAUGACGUCCGUCGUGUGGACGACGCCGCUCGGAUUGCCGAUCGUCCAGCCGUACCGCGCGGUAAAGCGCAAGCAGGUGAUGACGUCGAUCCAGACGGUGUUCAUCUCGGACCCGACGAGCCCGUCGACGGUGAAUGCGCAGAAGCAGGCGUCGGCGUUCCCGCCCAACUUCAUCCACAGCCUCGACGCGACGCAUAUGAUGCUCACCGCGCUCGAGUGCCGUGCGCGGGGGCUGACUUUUGCCUCAGUCCACGACUCGUACUGGACGCACGCAUCGAGCAUCGACCAGAUGUCGGAGAUCAUCCGGGAUACGUUCAUCGCGCUCCACUCAUCUGACGUGCUCAAGGGCCUCUAUGACGAGUUCAGGGAGCGUUAUGCGGACUACAAGAUCCCGCUCGUGAGCCUCCGCGGAAAUGCGUUCAAGAAGCUCAACCUUGCCCCCGAACAACUCGGUUUGACCUCGGAAGACACGAAGCUGCUCACAGAGGGAGUCGCUGAGGACGAGGAGAUGCUCGAUGAGGACGCCCUCGCACUUGAUGAGGAUGAGGACGAGCUUGAGGCGCUGACGGAGGUUGAACAGGAGAAGCCAAAGAAGGUGGUUAGGAAGCGCGGGCCGCGCAAGAUCAAGUCUGAGGCCGACAUCGAGGCGCGCUUGGCGGGCCGGUUCAUCAAUCUCGUCGAUGUCCUGCCGCCACUGCCUGAAAAGGGCAAGUUCGACGUCAAGGCGAUCAAGGAAUCGCAGUAUUUCUUCUCAUAA